CAUGAACUAAGCGAUGCAAGAAUUCGUAAUCUUUCUCAUCGUGAGUUUUAUCACGAAUACUUCACAACGGAAUAUGGAGUCAGCGCAGGCUUAUUAUGGGUCAUCCGGAGAUCGCAUCAGAGGAGAUGUAUGCCGCGAACUUAUCAUCAGGACGCAUGGCAUAUGCGCUCUGGAUAAGCUUCCGGUUUUCGAGGACUACCUGCCAGGGGAAAUGCACUUUCCGUUCGGGCACAAGUUGUAUGAUCUUGCCCCCAAUGUGGCUAAUGCAUAAAUUAUCUCCCCCGUUCGCUUACUACACCAACUGCACAGUGGCUGCCCCAGUCCGUUGUACUGUCGAUGCACAUACUGACUACGUUCUGG